CACAUCAACCGCUCAAAUUAGACCCUUUCCCACUUGCAUUUCCUCCUCCUCCUGUUGGUAGUAACUACGCUCAAAACUAAAGAGAAAAAGAAAAAAUACAAUUUCCAGAUCCAAGAUCUAGACUUUCUCACACUAAAUGCUGCUGCCUUCUUCUCUGAUCUGAGAUUCUGAGGUGAUUUUUCCAGAUCCCAUUAAGUUUUCCCUAAGUAGAAUCACAUCCUUUUGAUCUAUUAGUCAUGCAAAGGAGGCAACCUAAUCCCACGCGCCGCAAUGGAAGCUUCCCAUUUGCGGGGGCCUUGAAUGCAAAAUCAAAAUCAUCUCCCUUGUUAUCAAUAUGUCUGGUCCUUCUGGGAGCAGUUCUUCUACUUGGCUAUGCUUUUAGUGGCCCAGGUUUAUUUGGAGGUAACAAGAUAGUCAGCAGGAUUGAAGGUGAUUUUUCGUGCACGUUGGAGUUGCAAAGAGCAGUACCUGUAUUAAAGAAAGCAUAUGGUGAUAGCAUGCGCAAAGUUUUGCAUGUUGGUCCUGAUACCUGCUCUGUGGUCUCUAAGCUGUUGAAAGAAGGUGAAACAGAAGCAUGGGGCAUAGAACCAUAUGACAUAGAGGAUGCUGAUAGAAACUGCAAAUCACUUGUGCACAAAGGCAUUGUACGGGUGGCAGAUAUCAAAUUCCCUCUACCCUACAGGGCAAAGUCCUUUUCUCAUGUUAUUGUGUCUGACGCAUUGGAUUACCUAUCCCCCAAAUACCUGAACAAAACUCUUCCAGAAUUUGCGAGGGUCUCUGCUGAUGGUCUUAUUAUUUUUACUGGUUUCCCUGGUGUGCAGAAAGCAAAACCAUCUGAGUUAUCAAAGUUUGGCCGGCCGGCCAAAAUGCGGAGCUCAUCUUGGUGGAUUCGAUUUUUUGUCCAAACAAGCUUAGAAGAGAAUGAAGCCGCUGUCAAGAAAUUUGACCAAGCAGCAUCCAAGCAGUCUUACAAGCCAGGCUGCCAAGUUUUCCAUCUCAAUUCAUACCAUUGAUAUCAGAUCAUAAGAUACGAAACAUCAUUUUCUUACCCUCGUUUUUGUCUCCUUUUCUUUUGUCACUCUUAUGUUAUAAGCAAACAUAAGAGAAGCUGGGGAGGUGGAGAAUCAGCAAUUGAUGUACGCUUUUUUCAUUUUUGGGUGGUGGGUUGGGGGAAUGUUAUUGCAACCACAGGAGAUUUUAAUCUUCUCAAGUUCUUACGAUAUAUUAAUUAUUUUUAUUUAAUGAGAUAAAUACAACUGAUCUUCAUAUCGUUUCAGUUCU